AUGCUCUUCUCCGCCUUGAAGGAGAUUUAUACUAAGAACGGUGCGGUGGACGUUUUCUACGAGUGCCACAAAAUCAUGGCAGAGGCCACGGCCUACACAUCGUCCUGGCAAUAUGCACCGGUCGUGCAUUAUGGCUCUGGUGGUCCUGUCGCGCAUAAUGUGCCUGAAGUGGAUGGGCACCAGGUAGUCUGUUUCAAGGUAAAGAAAACCCUGUUCUCCGGCUGUUCAAUAAGCAUGCUGACACAUCCUAGCGUGAUACCAUCAACGACCGCAAGCGCAACGUUGCCCACGAUUCACAUUUUGAAGAAGGAUACUAUGAUUCCUGGCAACGGCAUCAAGGAUGACGUCUGCAAUUUUCUGAAUGACUUGAGUGACGACUCGGAAGACGAUCGUUCCAUGGAAGACGAAGUUGCUGGUUUCAAGCAUGGAAAAGUAACUCCCUUGCACGAUCAGGAAUCGGUACCGGAAAAGAGUGAUUCGUAA